CAUAAUACCUAUCACAAUCAAUGAGUUUCUGUGUGUAAGAAUUGUUGUAUUUCUUCCACUCAUUUAAACACAUUAUCUAUCUAUCUACAUUCUGUAUAAGCAGUGAAAAAUGGCAGAAAGAAAGUUGAGUUGCUUCAAAGACAAGAGAUGGUCACUCCAUGGCAUGACAGCUCUAGUUACAGGAGGAACCCGUGGCAUAGGGCAUGCAAUUGCAGAAGAGUUAGCAGAAUUUGGGGCAGCUGUGCAUGUUUGUGCCCGUAAACAACAAGAUAUUGAUCGCUGUUUGGAAGAAUGGAAUAACAAAGGACUUCGCAUAACAGGGUCAGUGUGCGAUGUACUAUCUCAGGACCAACGUAAAGAUUUGAUGGAAAAUGUUGGAUUCAUUUUCCAGGGAAAACUUAACAUUCUGAUAAACAACGCAGGAACAGCUUCAACUAAGAGCCAUUUAGAUUAUACUGCAGAAGACGUAGCAGUAAUAAUGGGUACAAAUUUUGAGGCAUGUUUCCAUCUAUGUCAACUGGCACACCCACUUCUGAAAGCAUCUGGGUACGGCAACAUAGUAUUCAUAUCCUCUAUUGCAGGUCUGAAAGCUUUUCCUCUUUGUACUGCUUAUGCAGCCUCCAAAGGAGCUUUGAAUCAAUUCACAAAGAACAUAGCAUUGGAAUGGGCAAAGGAUAAUAUUCGUGCAAAUGCUGUGGCAUCUGGACCUGUUAAGACUCAACUUUUGGAUUCUCUCAUGGAAACUCCUGAUAUAGAUAAGCAAGUGGAGGCUUUGGUGUCUCUAUCACCAGCUGGUCGCAUUGGACAACCUAAGGACAUAUCAGCCAUUGUUGCUUUCCUUUGCCUUCCAGCUGCUUCAUACAUCACUGGACAAAUCAUAACAGUGGAUGGGGGUUUAAUAAUUUAAUUUUUUAUAACCAAAAUAAAAUUAAUUAAUUAAUUAAUGCCCAGAACAAGAAAAUCUCUGGACCAACUUGGUUUGUCUGAACUGGGAACUUAUAUUUCAAUUGUUAUUAUAUGUCUUA